AUGCUAACCGAGGGCCGAAACCUCAGCCUGGGGCUCCUGGCCGUUGGCGCAGUGUCGACGGCCAACGCGCUCUACGCCACCCUAACCAAGCCUUUUUCCUACUUUCGGUCGGUUUGGAUCUGAAUAGCUGUCACGAUAACUCCGUUGCAGCCAUCCGGAAGUGAUCAAUGUCCACUGGAUUUCCACCAUCAUCAUCGCGGCUGGCCUCGCGCCACUCCUUCUUCGUCAUAAAACAAUAAAGUGGGGGGUUUUUUUUUUCAAAACACAAACACGACCUAAAAUCCAUACUUCCUUAUUUUGAAUGUGUAAAAACUAGAGGUUUCGCGCAGCUAGCAACUAUAAGGGACUUCUGCCUUGUGGGUGAGCGAAUUUAUAGAACAAUAUAAAUAUCACAUUAAAAUGAUCUUCCUUGCACGGCAAGAACUUUUUUUUGAACCCAGAAGCGAGACGGUAGUGGUAGUAGUGAACGUUCUGAGCAUGUGCAUCUGCGUGGCCUGCUUCUUGGCUGAUCUUCUGAACAUCGCCAUCGUCAACAUGAGAGAGACGGUCGGCGCUUCGUUCAUCCGGAUUUUCAUCGCUGAGGAUGAAACUAAAACGGUGAGCUCAUUCGCUUUUUUUCGUUGGCUCUCUCUUCCAAUCGACGCAGAUUGCAGCGCGAGAGGCUCGCCGUCUACAACACCAUCGACAUGAUCCUCUGCGCCGUCGGAGCCGUCAUCUCCUUCGUCAUAGUCAGGACGAGGCUGACCGCUUUCCCGACUUCCCAUGUGGUAUUUUCAGAAGAUUCAUGGAUUUUCUGAUUUUCCGAUUUUCCUUCAGAAUAAUGGAAAACGUUUGAUGGGUUUUGGACUGGGACUGACGAUACUUUCAUCGCUUCGUGUCGCAAAUCAUGUUUAUGAGAGGUUGGAGACUUAUAUUUGCUUCUUUUCAGCUUUUUUUAUUCAUGUCUCUUCGUGGUGACAUCCAAAUCUCGAUGAAAAAAUUUUCAGACGUAUGUUAGUCAAAAUGAAGCAGGCGGUCUACAUCGACAUGUACACUGUCGACGAGUUCUCCUGGCUCGUUAUCAACUUGGCAACAGGUAGACUUUCUAGAAAUGAAAUAAAUUGCUCUUUUUUCAGCGGUUAUUGUGAUCCUAAGUUCUCGUGGAUCGAGGCUGAUCAAUUCGUGUGCAUACACUCUCUCGGGCAUUUGCAUCUACCCAUCCUUCUUUUACAGCUGGCUAAACUUCCGGUAAGUGAAAGAAAAAACUUUCUUACCGUUUCGGAAAUCUAACCACUGACUUUUUUUGCUUUUUCAAUAUCCUUUAGGAUAAUGUCGGCUUCGCACACAGAGUUCCUAACGACGAAAGCUCUCAUUUCAAUGGCGUUGUCUUUUCCGCACAUCGCCUGUCUCCUCGUAGUUUUCCUCCAUUUCACAUCAGUUGUGAGUGUUAUACAAUCAACAUUUAUCCAGCUUUUCAAGUAUUGUGCGAAAUUUCAAACAGUUGAAAGAUUGAUUUGAGGAUUAUUCGCCUUUUUCUUGCUUUAUUAACAGCAUCUCGAAAAGCCUGUUCUUGAAAGUUGUAGAGCACAUAUUUUGAGAUUAAAUUAAGACACAAAUUUGAAAGUUAUUCGAAAUAAAAAACUGGCUGAUGGGCCAAUUUGAACCUAAAAAUACGACUAAUCAGUAUUGAGUUAUUGUUCAUUCCAGAUGACGCACAGGGAAAGUGCUCAGUUGAGCUUACAAGGCCUCUCUCGGAAGAUAGUCAUUGGAUUCGCCCUGGCCUUCUUCUUCCUCGCCGUCUUCAUGGCAGACCUUGACUUUUUGGCCGUCUAUAAGAAACAGUACUACAGGGUCUUGCAAGGAAGCGAACUCAAGGUUCCUUGAAACGUUAAUUGUUAUGGACUGACUCCAGACUUCAGAUCACUUUCCUCCUUGCCUUCAUGGCGUUGUUCACUUCGUUAAGCACGUUGCCUCAGUACGCCUACAUUUCCAUCGCUGCCAGCCUGGUCGUCGGCGUGCUGACAAGCAACACGACUUACAUGCAGAUCCUUUCCUUUUUCUAUCUUCGAUGGAACUUGAAAUCGGCUAAGGAUUCUCCCCACCUUUACUACAAUCUCAACAAAAGCGCAACUGUCGGUUAUGCUAUCGGUUCGUUUGAAAAUGUUUUCUUUUAAUUCAAAUUAAUUCAUUUACAGACAAGUAUGGACUGUUAGAGACUCAAAAAACCGACACUAUUUGUAAUUUGAUCGCCCUGCUUCUCACUUUCUGCUACUGUGCGUUUGCGAUGCACAUCGCAAGGUUCUUUUUUUUUGUCGAACAUCUAGUUAUAUAAGUUAUUCAAUGAACGUUAUAUUUUCACUCUGAAAAUACACUGAGCCUAAUUUUUGUCAUCUAUUUGGUACACAGAACUUUAACAAAAAUAAAGUUAGGUCAGUUACACUAAAAAUUUAAUUUUUAGAAUGAUAAAACGAAAACAUAUCCUAACUUCUGAGUUUCUGCUGAACUAGUGAAUUUAGAAAGCACCGACCGCAGCCAGAAAUAGUGAGUGAGCGGCCGGAGACGACGUUAUCAAUGAGCGAAUCGGAAAAGUUGCAAACGAACGGCCGGAUCCGGAAUCUCGGCGUGGUGAUGCUUAUAGGAGCUUUCGCCGUCCUGUUCGCCGCCGUCGUCGAGUUUCUCUCAGCGGAAUCGGUACAUCCAAUCAUCACUCUCUACGUCGAGCUGUACCACGUCGUCCUGGCCAUUGGCAUCGUUUCCUACGCUCUCUUCCAAGUUCUCGUCAGCGAGCACGUCUCCGAACAUCCCCUCUUCUCCACCUCGCUCUUGUUCCUCUCAGCUGUCGUCGGCCUCGACAUCAUCACUCAGAUCGACUACCGCGACACUGGCGAAGACCUUCCCUUUGCAUGGGACAUCCACGUUUUUGUCGACUUCGUAUCCUUUUAUGGCAAGCCAUAAGAAAAUGAAAAAAUAAUAAUAGGCGGGAUUGCAGCUCACUAUUUGACGAUAAUCCUGUUGAUCAAUUUGAAUCCUGGUCCCGCCACGACGACUUCAGCCGAAGUAAGACUUCUUUUUUAUGUUUGACCUUAAAAUGGUUUCUGCAGUUACCGACGAGCUUCGACAAUCCGUUGGCCGCUCCAUUCGAUGAAGGCGAAGGCUACAUUCAGCUGAGAACGACUGACGUCAACGAGCUUCCCAAUUCAUUCCAGACUCUCGACGAGUCCGUAAACAAUUGA